GUGAGGCCAUGCUCCAGGAGGUGUCGGGGCUUGUGCAGGCCUACUCCAAACAUGAGCGGGCUGUUGCUAAGGCUCAUUGGAAGGAAAGGAUGCGCAGCAAUGCGGGGGCGGUUCGCAACUUUGUCAAGCGGCGGGCCGAGGCCAUUCUGGCGUGGGAGUCCUCGGAGGAGUCUCAGCGGAUCCCCUCCUCUGGCCAUCAUCCUGCGUUGGAGGUUGACAAGCAUUCUAAGGAUUGGCUUGCCAAGUGGACUGCUCGUCCUUGUGGUGAUGCAAGGGUCGUUGAUUCCAUUUUGCAGGCUGUCCCGUUCUGCUUUGAGGCGUCUGCUCUUCGGGCCGCCACGGCCACCAUGCGCAUUCGUGGUCCGGGUCCGGACUGUUGGUCUGCCGACCUGCUGCUUUACAUGCCGCAGCGUUGGUGGCAGCACGUUGCCAAGCUGUGGUCUGCUGUCAUGGCUACUCAAAAGAUUCCUCAGAUCUGGCUUGCAGGGAGGACCUGUUUGGUUCCCAAGCCCAAUGGGAAGUCACGCCCGAUCACCAUCCUGCCCAUCAUUUGGCGUGCAGGGGCCAAGUUGGUCAACGUUCCCAUGGAUGUGGCCGGUUACUUCGACUCUCUGGAUCACGCCCUCACUGCCAAGGUCCUACGCCAUUUAGGCGCUCCGGAGUGCUUUGUGCGGCUCUUUAGUUGCCCUUUGAGCCCCUUGAUCUCCGCCUCAGUGACCCACGCCUGGGCCUGCUAUGUUCUUGGAGCAUCGGAGUCGUUGCACAGUUCGGUGUCCGGCUAUGGGAUAAAUGGGGACUGCUCCGCUUCUCGUUACGGAGGGUCACUCUUCGACUUCGCCUCCUCCGGUGUGUUGAUCUCGGAGCUCCACAGGCAUGUGUUUCAGGCAAGUGCGGGCAGGGACGCGGCGGCUGUGCUCCUUUAUGAGGUGGCGGGUUGGCAGCUGGAGCCCAGUUUCAGUAUGGGCUGUGCCGCCCUUCGGACUUUCUGGCGUGCCGUUGUCAGCCCUAAGAGCUGGACUGAGUUGCUGCCCAUUUCGGAGCUGCGGGGGUAUGUUCUUCGUGCCCUUCCUCGCCUGUCUGCCACGCUGCAGCACUUGGGCUGGUGGCUGUCUGAGGACUCCAGGACCAUCCUCAAACGUGAUGAGGUUCUUCGGUGCCUGGUGGACUGGCUGCGUCAGCAUUACAGGCAACUGUACUUGCGGAAGACCGGCAGAGUGUGGCAUCCUGCCAGGCGGGACGAAGAGGGCUUGGCCGUUGGACUUCGCCUUUCGGCUCCGGCUCCUGAUGCUGUGUACGAGUUUGCUGGGCAUAGGCUCACUUUUGCCUCGGCCGGGGGUGACCGAUACCUGGCGCUGGCAGCCUUUGGGGCGGGCAACACUAACUGGCACCUCAACGCUGGAGGAGAGUUUGGCUUGGCGCACCCGCGCCAAGUGUUCAGGGAGUUGCGGGAAGGGGUGCCCUUGCCUGUGAACACCGCGGAGGAGCGCCUUUGUGCCAGGGAGGUGGGCUACUACCCGCCGGCUCCGGUCGCGCUGGACUUGGCUGACUUUCGGGAGCAGCUCUCGGAGGCCAUCCUUGGCUUUGCCUCAGAACCCUCUCUCUACGUGGCGACCGACGGCUCGACCUGCGGCGAUGAUCUUGAGGACCAGUCCCCCUUCCGUGCUGAGCUUGAUGCCAUCUGGAUGGCGCUGCAAGCCACUUGUUGGGGUGUGAUGUCAGGCGUUGCAAGGUCGAG